AGAGGAUCUGGGAGGAGAAGUCUCCUGGUGACGCUUUGCUUUUCUUCUGCUCUUGGUGAGAAGUGCCUCCUUCAUCCUCGGAUCAGGACCUCUGCCAUCCAGCACCACAAAGAGACAUUCUGCACACAGGCGCUCGAACACACACACCCAUACCCACACCCACACCGCACUCGCCCGGAGACAAACUUAAGGUCAGGAGAAGCAUUAGCUUCACUUCAUCUCCAACUCUCCGCUAAGAGGGACUCGAAGCUUCUGAACUGGAAUUCAGGACAAGCAGAGAAGACUCUGAGCUACAAGGAUGAGAAAUCUACUUUUCCUGGUGCUGAUUUCAGUCUGUUGGGCUGACCACCUUUCAGACAGCUACACUCCGGAUCAAGACAGAGUUAUCCACAUCCAAGCGGAAAAUGGCCCUCGUCUACUUGUGGAAGCAGAACAAGCUAAGGUCUUCUCGCACAGAGGUGGCAACGUGACACUGCCAUGUAAAUUUUAUCGAGACCCUACAGCAUUUGGCUCGGGAAUCCACAAAAUCCGCAUUAAGUGGACCAAGCUAACUUCAGAUUACCUCAGGGAAGUGGAUGUCUUUGUUUCCAUGGGAUAUCACAAGAAGACCUAUGGAGGCUAUCAAGGUCGAGUGUUUCUGAAGGGAGGCAGUGAUAAUGACGCCUCCCUGGUCAUCACAGAUCUUACCCUGGAGGAUUAUGGAAGAUAUAAGUGUGAGGUGAUUGAAGGACUAGAAGAUGAUACUGCUGUAGUGGCAUUGGAGUUGCAAGGUGUGGUGUUCCCUUACUUUCCACGACUGGGACGCUACAAUCUUAACUUUCACGAGGCACGUCAGGCUUGUCUGGACCAGGAUGCUGUGAUUGCUUCCUUCGACCAGCUGUACGACGCCUGGCGGAGUGGGCUGGACUGGUGCAACGCUGGCUGGCUCAGUGACGGAUCUGUGCAGUACCCAAUCACCAAACCACGAGAGCCUUGCGGGGGCCAAAACACGGUGCCAGGAGUCAGGAACUACGGGUUUUGGGACAAGGAUAAAAGCAGAUAUGAUGUCUUCUGUUUCACAUCCAACUUCAAUGGCCGAUUUUACUACCUGAUCCACCCCACCAAGCUCACCUAUGACGAAGCGGUGCAAGCUUGUCUCAAUGAUGGUGCUCAGAUUGCGAAAGUGGGCCAGAUAUUUGCUGCCUGGAAGCUUCUGGGCUAUGACCGCUGCGAUGCCGGCUGGCUGGCGGAUGGCAGCGUCCGCUACCCUAUUUCUCGGCCAAGAAGGCGCUGCAGUCCUACUGAGGCUGCAGUGCGCUUUGUGGGUUUCCCAGAUAAAAAGCAUAAGCUCUACGGGGUCUAUUGCUUCAGAGCAUACAACUGAGUGUGCCCUAGAAAGAGUCAGUUCUCGAGUUCCGUCAAAGCUUUGGUUGUUUUUGUUUUUAAUAUGAACUCAUGCAAGUUACCAAAACUGUGAUAACCCUUUUUCACUUACUGUAAAAGAGUCGUUUUCAUAAAGGCCAAUUCAUUCAUUUGUUUUGUAAAGCUAUCAGUCGAUAUAUAUCACAAAGUAAUAUAAGCAUAAGAGAAGCUUAAAAAAAAAAAUACGGGCUUUAGAGCCUAACUGGUUUAUGCUACAUCGUCCCAACAAGAUGCCAUUUCAUGAAUGGGGCAUGCCGUAGGCUGAGGAAGGGAAAGUAAUGCUACUUGCCGCAGUAACUUCCACAAGCACAAAUUUUACAUAUUUCUACAAUUUUGAAAAUGCACUUCACUAAACAAAUUAGAACAACAAAUUUGAAAUACAGGCUUCUUUACAUAAACCAGGAUUCUGGGAGGUGCAAAAACUCAGUAUCAUAAGGGAACAACGGAGACUUUUUCUAAAAGUUAAUACUUCAAGUCUCCAGUAUACAGAAUAGUUUACUCUUUAAAAUUCUACCUUUUUUGACCAAAAAAUAAUAAUAAUUCAUAUAGACUCAGAUGCAGAAUAAUAAAACCACAGUUAGAACUCCUAGGUCAACUCAUUUAUAUAAAGUAUCGACUUAAGUACACAGAUAAUACUUUACCAAUGAAAGAGUCCUACCUUCUAAUUACAACUAUCUGAAAAGACUUGUUUUUAUUAUUUUUGAGUAGCUUUACUGAAUCAUAUUUAAAUUCUAAGAACCUUUGCUAAGCAGUAUUUAGAAUCUACUCAGGGCAGUUAAAGCGAUAAACUGCUGGACAGAAAAUCUGUAAAAUGUAGCAGCUUGAUUUUAUGUUAGCUUAUGAAACAUUAUUGUCCUAUAAAAAUAAGUUUAAUCUAUUUAAUAUUUCUUAUUUACAUUACAUGACAAAAACCUUCAAAUGAAUGAAUAACUUGCCUAACUAAGAAAUAAAGACUCAACAUCC